CAGCAUUCAUUUACAAAACUUGUGGUCUGUCUAUAUGUUUACAUACAGCGUAGAUUGUGCAUCGCAUCAGAUACAAAGUACUUGUUUACACGACAUGGCUGACAAAGUUUCCUCACAUGGGGAUAACACAGAUGAAAGUGAAUUGUUAAGUGUCCAAAAGAAAAUAAGUGAAACCCAUCUUCAGGCAGACGCAUCUGCCAACCAGGACGAAAAGGACGAACGCAAAAUAACUCAAACAGAUCACUUGAACAAGAAAUUGCUGGGUGCAUUUCUGUCUCGUCUGAACACCGGCGAUAACUCUGUUGCAUUUGGUGCCAAUAAACCGGAGGGAGGCGAAAAUAAGGAAGACCAUUUUGACGAGUCUAACUAAUCACUAUGGCAAGAAACUAUUUUCUAAUUGGCAUAUCGGGUACAACAAACAGUGGAAAAACGACUGCUGUGAAGAAACUAUGUGCGACUUUUCCUGGUGCUACAGCGAUGGGUCAAGACUUCUACUUCCUGGAUCCCUGUGAUGAAAGGCUGGAGAUGGUACCACAACGAGAUCAUGCCAACUGGGAAAAGCUAUCAGCGUUGGACAUGAAGUCAAUGGUGAAUCAUGUUCACAAGUGGAUACAGAACCAACAGACCAAGGGAAGCAACUCAACAAGUUUUCUCUUCAUUGAGGGGAUCCUUAUUUUCAACUACGGUCCACUGGCAAGGUUAUUCGACAAGAAGUAUUUCAUCACCAUUGACAAGCAGACGUGUAAAGAUCGACGGAGUGAGAGAGUCUACAUACCUGCAGAUCCCCCGUGGUAUUUUGAGGAGGUGGUGUGGCCAAUGUAUAACCUGAACCUACAGGAACUGAGAGAACAGAACGACAUAUGUUUUUUGAACGGAGCACAGGACCAUGAAAAACUUGUAAACACAAUACAGGAAGAUAUCAACGUGUUCCUAAACAAAUCCCAAAGCUGAUGUAGACAGCUAUGUGAUAAGCUUAGGGUCUUGGAAGAAGACUAUAACAUCUUUGUGUAUUUUAUGCAAGACAGAGAAGAAGAAUUGUAUUUACAUGGAUUUUAGUUUCAGAGGAAUAUAACCAUGUCUCAGGUAUUUGUUCUACAUUGAGUAUAUUUGUCAGUAGGCUUGACUUCUGUAUCUACCAUUCCACUGAUAACAAACUUUGCUGACUAAUCCGGAAAGAGGGGAAAAAAUUCCUUUAACCUCCAAGAAGAACAAGAUGCAAUGUGAUAUUAAUUAUAGGUGUGGUUAAGUCUCAUGUAAAUGCAAUAGACAUGUUAGAAGCAACUGUAUCUUUAUUCAUACUUGUCUAGGACUCGGAAAUUCGCUAAGCGUUGUUGGUAUAAAAAGUACCUCACUUGCUAACUCUAUUCCUAUUUUAUGCUCGUUCUAUAGACCCAACUUGGUAAGUGGCAGAUGUCAAGUCAUCCUGAUUCAUAGAUGUAUUAUCAAAAGAUAAGACGUUGGGUAUAUCAAGAUUGGUUCCUGAACCCAUCUAUGUUUUAGUGGGAAAUUUGACCAAUAUCGGCGUUGGUUUAUAUUUUUUAAACAUUUACUCAUUUAUCACAAAAGUUUUCAGUAUGUUGACUAUAUGCCACUAAUUCAGGUGUCAGUAUGUAACUAUUCUAUCAAUUGUAACAUGUAUUUUUUGGUUGAAAAAUGUGUUGCACCUUUUAGAGGGAUGAAAUAUGUGUAAGCGUAAAUUCCUGUUCACACAACACUGCUGCACUGGACAUGUACUAAGCGUAAUAUGUUUAUGAUUCACGGUCAUGAUAUGUACAAACAUGUGAUUUUCAAGUUUUCCUGUUGAAAUUCAAAAUCUCUUCCAACCUUGUCCAAUACAUUUUCCAGGGUUAAGGGAGUUACCUGUCCUGGAAGGUGUGUGCGAUAAUGCUUUUUACUGAUAUUCAUGUCAUGAUAUUAGUGAAACCAAGACCAACUGUAUGUUAUAUUUCAAAUUCAUAUCACCAUCGUCAUUUGACGGGGGAAAGGGAGAGAGGGUAGUAAUGUUUCUGUUGUUCGAGGGACUAUGCUCUGUCGUGUUGGGCCUACUUAUAGGCUGUAUUCUGUAAUUAGGUUUUAAUUACUAAUGUAUUUGUGGCUUGUUACUUUGUUACACAACAACAUUAACUGAGGACACAUAUUAUAGUAUGUGGGUUUGCAAUAUUAACAGAACAAAAUGUAUCUGUACAAACAACCUACAUUCCUAACACAUGGUUCUUAGACCUAUGAAGAUCCGGGGUAGAAUAGGUCUUCAGCAACCCAUGCUUGCCGUAAGAGGCGACUAUGCUUGCUAUAAGAGGCGACUAUGCUUGCUAUAAGAGGCGACUACGCUUGUCGUAAGAGGCAACU